UGGCAAUUGGCUUAUGAUUCCUUUCAGCCUAUUGCGUUGUUGUUUACCAAAAGGAAAUUUAUAUGUACCUAGAAGAAGCGUGCAUCUGAUGCGUGCUCUCAUUCCAAGUCAUACUGAUCCAAAUAUUGCAAGGCAUGUUUCUCCGGCCGAAGGGCUGAAACUUGAGGAAGUUGACGUCCCACAAGUGCGAGAAGACAAGGUGUUAGUACGAGUUCGAGCAAUAGCGAUUAAUAGAGCGGAUAUUUUACAACGAAAGGGACUGUAUCCACCUCCUCCAGGGGUGACACAAAUACCAGGCUUAGAGUGUGCCGGAGAAAUAGCAAAGAUUGGUCCUUCUUGUAAACGAGGUUUUAAAGAAGGUGAUUCCGUUAUGGCCAUUUUGCCAGGUGGUGGUUAUGCAGAUUAUUGUGUUGUAGAUGAGUCCAACUUGAUUCAUAUUCCAAGCAAGUUUAGUUUUGAAGAGGCUGCAGCCAUUCCAGAAGUUUGGAUCACGGCCUUUCAACUGUUAUAUUGGAUUGUCAAAGCUCAGGCAAAUGAGUAUGUUCUGAUACACGCAGGUGCUUCCGGAGUUGGCUUGGCAGCUAUUCAACUGGCGAGUAAGUGCCUGAAUGGUCAUGUCAUAGCAACGGCUGGUUCUCAACGAAAAUUGGAAGCCUGUAUUCACUUUGGUGCAAAACAAGCGUUCAAUUAUAAAGAACAAGAUCUUUCCGUGUCAGAUAACGUGAGAAAUGUUGCGAUAGAUGGUGUUCAUGUUAUUCUAGACUGUGUAGGUGCUUCCAUGUGGAACGAAAACGUCAAAAGUUUGAGAGAAGAUGGAAGGUGGGUUUUGUAUGGGACUUUGGGAGGAGCAAAGCUAAGGGAAUGUAACCUUGCAACUUUGUUGGGAAAACGUCUUAGUUUCUAUACUACCACACUAAGAGGUCGCACACGCGAGUACAAAACGAAUUUAGUCAAGGACUUUGAAAAAAAGAUUUUGCCUCGUCUGGUUGAUGGUACUUGUGUCCCUGUUAUAGACAAAGUGUUUGAUGGAGUAUCAAAUGUUGCUGAAGCUCAUGCCUAUGUCGAAGCGAAUGCUAAUAUCGGAAAAGUGGUCGUGAAAUGGACUCACUGCUAAGAAACUCGUCAAUGAAAAUGAACGAUAAUAUUCGUUUUCAAACAUGAACUUGUCAAUAACCUACAAAAUAGAGUCGUUCUAUGAAUUUUGGCAAGUACUUUCUAACCAUAUAUAUAUAUAUAUAUAUAUAUAUAUAAACAACUCGCAAAAUGU